UCCCAACAACAACUACAUCCAAUUCGAUUGAUAUACCGGUCAAAACUAGGUCGCUUAAUGCUUUUCAUCGUUUCGUUACUAUCUAUCUAUUUGAUUUAUUCGAGUAAGUUUUCAUUUUGCUUUCUAAUUCUCAAUUUUAUUUCAUUUCAUAUCUGGCAUUUGAAUGCAAUUUUAGGUUUCAGUGGUAAUGAUGUAAAAGCUGAACAAGCAUCGUUAUCCUCGAAUCUCAGCCUUUCUAAUCGUUCUCGGCAAAUUUUGAUGAAUGAAUGCGCUAAAUUCAGUGCACAUGGCGUAUUAUCAUCGCUCUGUGAUGCAUUCGAGGCAAAUGAAGUGAGCGGCGAUAUUUGCAAUCGGUUAUGUUCGAAUCGUGAUUGGAAAAUAAUUGAUUUACAUGAGAGUAGUAAAUUUGUGAUUAUAUUGCGUAUUGGUGGACAGGACGUUGUACUCAAAAGUCAGUAUCCAUCAAUUGAUCAGUUUCAACAACUCGAUUAUCGCAUUGAUGAGGAGGCUUUCACAGAUGCAUUGCUUGAUUUAGUCAAUUAUACAGUACGAUUAGGCUGGCCACUUCAAUAUAAAAGGCACUUAAUUGAAACGGUAUGGCCAAUAUAUAAACGAACCAUGUAUAAACCAUUGUCGAAAGCAGAUCGUAAAAGUCUUUGGGCUUUACUCGCUCAAGAUGAAUACAUCACUUUCAGAGUGUUGCCACUUUCGAGGGUUACGCCGAAGAUAAUCGGAACAUGUGGUCAUUUCUAUCAAGUAGAGCAUUUGAUUGCAUUUCGUAUGAAAGGCUAUUAUAUGAAUUUAAAAGCAAAGAUUUUAGUACAUUUAAUGGGAACAUUAAAAUUAUUUGAUGAAUUCUUGAAUGAACCACUGCAAUGGUGUGAUGUCAAAUUUGAUAAUUUGGGUCUUGCAGCUGAUUAUCCAAAAAGGUUCAUGGUGAUGGAUGCGGAUAUGUUGUACACAAAAUCGAGAUUAGAUUCUCUUUUAACAUCGCGUACUUGUUCGGUGGAUAGUGAUUGUACCUUCUUCGAUUGCACUGCUAAGUGUAAUAGCACUAUUGGUUAUUGUACAACACGUACGAAUAAUAAUGUUCGAGUGUUCUGUGAAAAGCUUGUUCAUCAGUUGUUCGGUAAAUUUUGGUCAAAAUCGAAUCGGUAUUUGGCUGCGUGUCACGAUACAUCGGUAUCGGAAGAAGAGCGUUUGGCGAAUUUAAGGUUGGCAUGGUCGUGGAAUCUAUCGGAUGUGUAG